GAUUUUUUGUUACAAUUUAUUUUUAUUGUUAUUGAUUGUUAUUAAUGUAUUGCUAACACUACUAGUGAACACUUUAAAUAAAAAUAAUUUUAAGCAUUUAUCUUUAGGUAUAAUACCUUCAAAGUAAGUAAAUAUGGCUCGCCACAGCUUUGAAGUGGAUGAUGAUAAUAUAGAUCCUGCGUCCGUUCCAUCUGAAGUUAAAUGUUCUAUAAAACAGGAUGUUAUAAAACAACUGUUACAUGGGUCAUUUCAAGAUAAUAAAACAAAGUUGGACAAUGAUGCCCUGACACUAGUGGUUGAGGUGGCCAAGUGUCUUGUCACUGAGACAUGUCUGAGGGCUUCAAGUCAUGCAUUGCAAGAAGGUUACUGCAAAGUUGACUUUGAGCAUGUUGAAAAAUGUCUUCCACAACUGAUGCUGGACUUUCCAUAAGAAUUACAUAUUGAAAAGUAAAAUUAAAUUAACUUCAAUAAAAAACAUCAGAAAAUUAAAACUAUUCCAUGCCAAAAAAAAUCAUGUAGGUAUUAUGAGGAGUUCUGGCUUCUGAAAUACAAGUAUUUUCAUCAAAUGAUCUUGUAUGAUGUCACCAAUUCUUCAUUAGUUAUUCUUAGUUAAAAAAUAAAAAUCGUUUUUAUGUUGUAUAUUAUUUAACUAAUGCAUACACUUCUGAAGUAGGCUAAAAUAAAAUUGAAGCAUAUAUGGCAUUCAAAUCUGUGAAUGUGUAUAUUUAAAACAAUUUAUUUUUUGUAAUAUCUCAUUAAUAGUUUUAAAUUAUAAUUUUAGAUGUAGGAGCACAAGUUAUUUUAUGUAAGAACAGAGAAAUAGUAUUUUAGGGCACUCUUCUUAAAUCCCACCAAUUUAAGUUUUUUAUAAAUAAUAAUGUAAUAAUUGUGUACUUUUCUUUUAUUUGUUUAUUUAUUAUAGAUCUGUGAUAACUCA